AUGAAGCCGUGCGAGGAGGAGGAGGAGGAGGUGGGGGCGGUGGCCGGCGGCGGGGACCCCUGGAAGGAGUGCGCGGAGGCGGCGGUGCAGCUGGCGCUCCGCGCCGGACAGAUUAUUAGGAAAGCUCUAACAGAGGAAAAACAAGUGUCCACAAAGACAUCUGCUGCAGAUCUUGUAACAGAAACUGAUCAUUUUGUGGAAAGUUGAAUUAUUUCUGUUCUGAAAGAGAAAUUUCCUUCCCACAGGUUUAUUGCAGAAGAGUCCACUGCUGCUGGUUCAAAAUGUGUCCUCACUGACAGUCCGACCUGGAUUAUUGAUCCUGUUGAUGGAACGUGCAACUUUGUGCACAGAUUUCCGACAGUGGCAGUGAGCAUUGGAUUUGCUGUUAACAAAGAGUUAGACUUUUCAAACAUGGAAUCUGCAGAGAAACACUUCCAUGCUUUUCUGAAAAUCUGCCUGGAAGCUGUUGAAUUACUGGAAGCAACUGCCUACAUUGCAGAUAUCUCGAAGGCCUUAAUUUUAACAGAAAUUGGUCCAAAACGUGACCCUGCGACUUUGAAAUUGUUCCUUGGAAACAUUGAGAGAUUGCUCAAGGCCCAAGCACACGGGGUCCGUGUGAUCGGGAGCUCAACCCUGGCCCUGUGCCAUUUGGCGUCCGGUGCUGCAGACGCCUAUUACCAGUUUGGGUUACACUGCUGGGACUUGGCAGCAGCCACUGUCAUUAUUAGAGAGGCAGGUGGCACCGUGAUAGACACUUCAGGGGGACCGCUGGAUCUGAUGUCCUGCCGAGUGAUUGCUGCGGGCACCAGAGAGAUGGCUGUGUUCACAGCUCAGGAAUUACAAACCAUUCACUACAGACGGGAUGAUGAAAACUAA